AUGUACAAAGCCCUCGCAGAAGCUGGUUUGCUCCCUGCUCGUUCAAGUGGCCCUGGGCUCAACGUGGUGGCUACGACCAGCCCGACACCAGCAGCAGAGUCAGUCGCAUCUACAGAGCCUACAGUAACAGUGAAAUCAGCAGCAGAAGCAACACCUGCCCCGAACACGGCAGCUGUACCUGCCCCGAACACAGCAGUACCUGCCCCGAACACAACAGCAGUUCCUGCCCCGAACACAGCAGUACCUGCCCCGAACACAGCAGCAGUACCUGCCCCGAACACAACAGCAGUUCCUGCCCCGAACACAGCAGCAGUACCUGCCCCGACAGCAGCUCCUGCCCCGAACACAGCAGCAGUACCUGCCCCUGCAGGAGCACCUGCACAGACGUAUGCAAUGGCACCACCUCCUGCACCAACCAUGGUGGUUGACUACCUAGAUCGGGUCUAUGGUGACUCCCACCGUCGUGAGUCCCCGAUGUCGAGUGAUGGUUCUGAUGCCCGUGAUUUGGUGAGCCCCCGCGCUGCUCAAGAGCCUUUGACCCCGAUGUCUGAGGCAACGACUGUUCCUUUCACCCCUGCAAAGCCUGCACAACAAAAUGUAGACACACCAGCAGCAAGCCCAGGGCAAGCAACAGCACCGAUCGAUGUCGCAAGUGUGGAGCCCACAGUGGCCAAUGCAGGUGAGAACCCGAUGGUUAGCCCAGCAGCAGCAACGAUGAUCAAUACCCCGAGUGCAGCACCAGCAGUGGCCGAUGCAACAGGGAACCCGAUGGAUAGCCAAGCAGCAGCAGUGAUGAUCAGCACCCCGAGUGUGGCAAUGGCAAACACAGCAGUGGCAUAUGCAGCACCAGACGUGAUCAGUCCCCCGAUGCCUGUGGUUGCACAUGGGAACCCGAUGUUUGUUAGCCCAGCAACAACAGUGAUGAUCAGUACCCCGAGUGUGGCAAAUGUGGCCAAUGCAAGCGAAAGCCCAGCAGCAACGGCUAUGAUCAGCACCCCGAGUGUGGCACCGGCAGUGGCCAAUGCAGGUGAGAACCCGAUGGUUAGCCCAGCGGCAACAGUGAUGAUCAGCACCCCGAGUGUGGCACCGGCAGUGGCCAAUGCAGGUGAGAACCAGAUGGUUGUCAGCCCAGCAGCAACAGCGAUGAUCAGCACCCCCAGUGUGGCACCGGCAGUGGCCAAUGCAGGUGACAACCCGAUGGUUGUUAGCCCAGCAGCAGCAGCAGCGAUGAUCAGCAGCCCGAGUGUGGCAAAGAUGGCCAAUGCAAGUGAAAGCCCAGCAGCAACGGCUAUCAUCAGUAACCCAAGUGUGGCACCGGCAGUGGCCAAUGCACAUGAGAACCCGAUGGUCCCAGCAGCAACUGCGAUGAUCAGCACCCCGAGUGUGGCACCGGCAGUGGCCAGUGCAGGUGAGAACCCGAUGGUUAGCCUAGCAGCAGCAGCGAUCAGCACCCCAAGUGUGGCACCGGCAGUGGCCAAUGCAAGUGAGAACCCGAUGGUUGUUAGCCCAGCAGCAGCAGCGAUGAUCAGCAACCCGAGUGUGGCAAAUAUGGCCAAUGCAAGCCCAGCAGCAGCAGUGAUGAUCAGCGCCCCGGGCCCAAGUGUGGCAGAUGUGGCCAAUGCAAGCAACAGCCCAGCAGCAGCAAUGAUCAAUACCCCGAGUGUGGCAAUGGGACUGGCCAAUGCAGGUGAGAACCCGAUGGUUAGCCCAGCAGCAGCAAUGAUCAAUACCCCGAGUGUGGCACUGGCAGUUGCCCAUGCAGGUGAGAACCCGAUGGCUGUCAGCCCAGCAGCAACAGCGAUUAUCAGCACCGCCAGUGUGGCACCGUCAGUGGCCAAAGCAGGUGAGAACCCGAUGGUUGUUAGCCCAGCAGCAGCAACGAUGAUCAGCACCCCGAGUGUGGCACCAGCAGUGGCCAAUGCAGCUGAGAACCCGAUGGUUUCUAGCCCAGCAGCAGCAGCGAUGAUCAGCACCCCUGGUGUGGCAAUGGCAAACACGGCAGUGGUGUAUGCAGCAACCGACGUGAUCAGUCCCCCGAUGCCUGUGGUAACCAGUGCACCUGCGAUGGUAGACCCGACCCCGAAGACACAUUUCUUCGGACACCCAGUCACACCAGUAGCAUCACUGCCAGCAGCAACACCACAGUUCUACAAUGCUGGCCCAGCAGCUCUGGCAACCCAAGUUGCAAGCCCAGCACCAACACCUAUGGUCAGUGUGCCCGCAGCAACAGUCCCCAUAGCUCCAGCAAUGCCCCCACACUCGCAGCUGAUGAUGCAGGAGACACAAAUGGAUGUGGACGACUCAGCCCCAGCAGCCAACCCAGGCAGCAGCUCUGAUCUUCAGCUCGUACAAUCCUGCCUGCUACGAGCAAACACCUGUGACCUGCAGCCAGUGCAGCCGGGAGUGGCGCAGGGCCCAAAUGCACGGGCUUUGGAGGAGCAUCGCAGGAAGGAGGCAGAGGAUGCAGCAGCAGAGGAGAAAAGACGGCAAGAGGAAACCCGCAAGAAGGCAAACAGUGGUGACAAGACGGGUCGGCAGGCCAUGGUCGAGGACUUCCUGCAAGCCAACAUGAAUUGGCUCGAGAGCAGCAUUUGCGUGAACCACCGCGCUAUCAGUGCAAAUGUUCGUCGUGGGGAGUACAAGUUGAUGAGUCGCCAAGAUCUUCUUGUGAAAUAUCACGGUGACCAAGACACCGUCGACAGCAUCAUACAGGAGAAGGAUGAUGCUACCGAGAACGGCAACGAGGAAAACCAGCCGAAGGUCAAGACUGCUGUUCAGGAAGCCAAGAAGGCUAUGAAAUCUGCUGCUGAUCUCAUUCUUGAGUGCAAAUCCUGGAACACCGCGCUGGCCAAUUCGGAGACGUGGGACAAACAUCGGGUCAAUGUGAGCUCCGAUGUCUUGAAGCGCUUCUGGUCACACUGGAAACAACACCGAUAUCCUCAUCCUGCUGCAGAUGCUUUUGCUGCAAGCGGCAAGUUGUACACGCCUAUCGGCAUUUCCGGUGAUGACGCACAAUAUACAUUGGGAGGUGCAAAGAUCAUAGUGAUGCUGCUGUCAUUCUGCCUCCACGAACCAGUGGCUCUGGAGAUGUCACGGUUUCCAUGGUUCGUUCUUCGUGGUGAGUACAACCUGGGGCCGAAGACCUUGGACGUCCCUCUGCGUGUGCUUUCCUGGUCGCUUAAUGUGGCGUAUGGGGGCAUCUUUCCUUCGCUGGGCCCUUUUGAUGAUGAGUUGUCUGAACUGCGGCGCAAGAAGGCCAACAAGCCAUUGGCUGGAGGACCCUUUGCCUUGACAGAAAUCCGUGGAGAUUGGAAAUGGGCAUAUGAAACAUUCAGGUUCUCCAGGUUCGAGUCGUUCCAAGCAAUUCCCCGACUUUCACAUGCAGCAUUCAUCACGAAGGCCCUGGGCAGUUAUGUGUCACCGUUGACCUGGGUGACUGGCUUCCACCCAGAGGCCCUACACUUUUGUGCUAUGCAUGUUGUCAACCUCGGCAUCGAACAAUGGGUCAACGCUGCGACGUUGUUGGCCCUGCUUGAGCGUGAGUUCUUUGGUGCAAAGACUGUUGGGCUGGCAGCGAGGUUGCAGGUCUGCACACUCAGGUUUCGCAGAUGGUGUUCAUUGCAUGGCAUUAUGCAGAGCCAGCCAUUCAUUACAAUUGGAAUGCUGCACAUGGGCACUGCUGCGAAGCCGACGACCCCCGAGCUCACUUUGAAGGCAUACCAUGGACGGGUUUUCGUCGCCUUCUUGAGUGUCUGUUGUGAGGUUGCACUACAGAGUGCCGGUGAUGAUGCUGAACUUCAGCUAAUUACUGCACUCACCAGCAGCCUUGCAUCGUGGCAUCUGAAAGUGGAGGCAUGUGGGCGAUUUCUGACGGCGGAGCAGGCUGCGGAACUUUGGAGGCUUUCGGAGCGUGCAGUCCUGAUAUACAGGGAACUCUCUGCCCGUCACAUUGCCAUGGGGUCUCUCUGCUGGCCCAUGAAGCCGAAACUCCAUGCAUAUCAGGAGAUUAACUGGUUCAUGGUGAAAUCCCUGUAUAAUUGCAGGUUCACUCAUUGUUUUCGGGACGAAGACUGUAUGGGCCUGGUCAAGCAUGUGGCCCGGAGAUGCCACAGGGAUCUGCUUGAGUUUCGGACAUUAUGCCGCCUGCAACUGCGGUUCAUGUCCAUGCAGCUGCGCUGA